AUGAACCAAGAAUUCCUCGACCACGAGCUGAUGGACGAAGAUGGCCUGCCAGGUUGCCCACUCGAGGCACUGAAGCUUCCACGUCUGCGACGAUGCGCAUUUGAUCUACGCACCAUAGUCAUUACCGGACCCAUUCACCCCGUCCAGACAUUCUUUCAAGAAAGGCUUGAUGGUGGCGUCGACGGAUACAAUUGGAAAAUUCAGUUUGGCGACAGCGGCCCCUUUGUUUUGAAAGUCUUCUGGGAUCAGAAGCCGCCUACACCACCAUCAUACUAUGCACUGCAGCGAGAAUGCCAAGCUGUAGCCGUCUUACAGCUGAUGCAGGCAGCUCUGACACAAGACAAUCCCUCCCUGGGUCCCAUUCUUGUUAACCCGCACCCCGGGAAUUGGAAGGAAGGCUAUGAUAACAUGCUUGCUUUUAGUGAUGAAUGGAGACGCAGAGGCCUGCUAGACGAUUGUGCCUCUAGCCCAGUGGAAAUAAUCACCAGUAUGCCCCGCAUGAGGAAAUGCUACGGCUGGAUAAAGAUCAAGGGGGAAACGCUAUACCAGCUACCGCUUCUAUGGAGGCCACCACAUCUUAGAAUUGAAAGGACGUCGAGACAGAUACAGAGCGAUAUGGAGUAUACAGCUCUUGUCUAUGAAUAUGUGGAGGAAGGAGAAAAUGAUGAGGCAGCGAUAGAGGAGUCGCUAAACUUCUUCCGGGCUGCCGGCUUCUCCCACACUCGAAUUUCGUUAGCACGCAACUGGAAAAAGUCCGUUCUAAUUGACAUGUCGGAUAUCAUCUAUGCUGGUGGAUUCGGUUGGAAAUGCUGGAACUUAACGGCACGAAAAGUCCUGUGUGCUGGCCCUAGGCGGAGGUGA